AGCCUAUCCUCUCGUUAGCUUUAGGUUCCUCACACGCUUUAGAAGAAAUAAUGUCGAGAUUCCUCCAAUUGUUGUACUUGUCCCUGAUCAUCUUAAUCUCCCAGUUCUUCCGUAUCUCCCAUGGUGAUGUUGGCACUGCAGCCCGGUAUUCUUCCCCAUAUUCACCCACUCAAUGUUUUGGGAGCGAUCCAUCUCAGUUCCCUUCCAGCAACUUGUUCGCGGCGGCCGGCGAUGGGAUUUGGGACAAUGGGGCAUCGUGCGGGAGGCAAUACUUGGUGAGGUGCAUCAGUGCUUCACAGCUGGGCACCUGUGUUCAAGGCCAGACGAUUCAGAUUAGGAUCAUUGAUUAUAUUGGAACAGCACCUUCUUUGCCAUCAGUUAAUGGUUCCACCAUAGUUUUGUCCAGAACAGCUUUCCAGACUAUUGCAAAUUCAUCUGUUGUUACUUCCAUCAACAUCGAAUUUCAGCAGGUAUGAUGAUAUGGAAAAUGGCUGGGAUUGAUUCGUGUCCAUCCCCCUCACGGCAUGAAGAUUGUAGCCAGAGAACCAAGAAUUAUAAGAUGAAUCAUGUGAUAAUUGUGACUA